AUGGCGCCGAAGGAAAAGAAGACCAAGGAACAGAUUGCUGCGGCUGCUGCCGCAGGCAGCAAGAAGAACAAGAAGAAGUGGUCCAAGGGGAAGAGCAAGGAUAAACUGAACUACGCUGUCAUGUUCGACCAGGCAACUUUGGACAAGUUCAUGGCGGAGGUGCCGAAGAUGAAGUUGGUUACCCCGUACACAAUUUGUGAAAGGCUGCGUAUUAACGCAUCGUUAGCUCGGAGAGGGAUUCGUGAACUGCAUCACCAGGGGUUGAUCAGGCCGCUUGGUGAGCAGCACCACUCCCACUACGUGUUCACAAGGCCGGCUGCCGCAUGA